AUGGAAGAGAAGGAAAAAAAGGUGUUGAUGAUCCAGAGCAAUGAUCCCUUGUAUGGGGUUUUGAGUGAGGAGCAAGUUGGUGUGGAUAUUGCUACUGGAAGGAGGAAGAUCAACCCGGAGGUUCUCCAGAACAUGAGAGAAUAUAUCCUAGCGGCUGAGGGAGGAGAAAAACGGGUAAGAGAAGAGCGUGUCAGAAACUCUGUUAUGGACCUCGAGAAAGAUCUGUCGGGGCAGAAGACUUUUCUGAGAUUGGAACCUCCACCUUUAAUCACAUCUGAGAUCGAGAAGGAUAGAGGUUUGGUCUUUGAUUAUGCAUUGAAAGACAAAAAUGACCGUCUGUCGGACCGUGAUGUAGUAUCAGCUCCGGUUUACGGCAGAAACUUGAUCUCUGACUCCAAUCACGUCGUCUUUGAUGGUUCAACGGGUUUUAGCACUGGUUUCACAGAUGCUAGCUCUUCCGGGACCUCAAAGAUGAGGGGUGGGAAGCAUUAUCGACCACCGAAGAAACAGAGGAAGUUCAAGCCAAAAGUUUCAGAACCUGAUGGAGUUACGGGCCAGUUACCACAUCGAGAGGAACCAGUUGAAAAGGGUUUCCUAAAGAGAAGAGCAGAGGCAGUUGCUGGUGUUUUUUCAAGAGUCGCGAGAAGGUCAAAAUCUGAGGUGGUCCCGAAUGGGGGACUGCCCAAUCAGUAA